AUGGCUUAUUCCAGCUCAGCACGGGACUUUGUUGCCCUUUCAGAUCUGCAUCCAAACCUUGCUCGUCCUAAUGUAAUCGGUGUGGUUAUUGGGAAAACAGAUGUCAGAGGCUUUCCAGACAGAAAAAACAUUGGGUCUGAAAGAUACACCUUCAGCUUUACUAUUCGGGAUUCACCCACUUAUUUCAUAAAUGUGAGCUCUUGGGGCAGAGGAGAGUAUGUGAGAUCACUUGCAGAAAGUUUUAGAGUUGGAGACUGUGUUACAAUUGAAAAUCCUUUAGUCCAGUCAAAGGAAGCAGAAAGGGAAGAAAAAUUCAACCCUGUAACUCCUAGUGGCUACAAAUUAUUGCUCAGUGAAAAUCACUCCGUGGUCAAAAGAUCUUCAUGUUAUGACAUGGACACCAAACUACUUUCUCUGUUGCACCUGCCCGUCAAGGACCCUCAGGAUUAUUAUUCACUGGGUGAUAUCACUGCAAAUGGACAAAGCCUGGAUGGAAAAAUCCUUAAUGUGCUUGCAGCUGUCAUGUCAGUUGGGGAGCCAAAGUAUUUUAUGACUUCAGACAAAAGAAAAGGUCAGAGAUGUGAAGUAAAGCUGUAUGAUGAAACAGAGGUGUCUUUUCCCAUUGUAUGUUGGGAUAAUGAAUCUAUUCAGCUUGCACAGAGUUGGAUCCCACGAGAAACAGUAAUAUUUGCAGCAGAUGUGAGAAUAAAUUUUGACAAGUUUCGGAACUGUAUGACUGCAACUGUGACCUCAAAAACCAUCAUUACAACUAACCCAGAAACAGCAGAAGCAAACGUUCUCUUCAGCUUCAUAAAAGAGAGUGCACAACCAGAAGCUCUGUAUGAUAAAAUGGAGCAGUCAAAAGACUCUGUUAACUUGGAGACAAUCGUUGAUGUUUAUACCGUGGAACAGCUGAAGGAAAAAGCUUCCCAGUGUGCUGGGAAACCUGAACCAGUCUAUGGCAUUAUUUAUGGCUACAUUUCUACACUGGACAUUGAUGACAAUCCAUCUAAAGUUAUUCACAACAGAUGCUCAGUGUGCAGAUUUCUAGUGACUGAAAUGUCAAACACAUGCACUUUCUGCAGUGAUGUUCCUUCAGAUUCCAAGUCAACUUUUGCAAGCUUUGACAUCCUCAUUGAUCUGACAGAUCACACAGGCACCCUUUAUUCUUGUUACCUGUCUGACUGGGUAGCUGAGGAAACCUUAGGCUGCACUGUCCAUCAGUUCCUCACUCUGACAGAAAACAAGAGGACUGCACUGAAAUGGCAACUUCUUCUGGAACGAAGCAAGAUUUAUUUCAAAGUUACUUUGUCACCCAACUGGAGAAAGGGACUGAAAGUGAAUGUUCUUUCCUGUAAACUGGCAGACCCUGCAGAGGCGAGUCAGAGCUUGGUGGGAAAAGGAGAUUGGAAAUAA